CGAGAAUCCACAACACCCAGGAUCCAUGGAGGAGCUGUCAUUCGCGUUCAACGUGGUGUUGAAACUAAGUUGGAAGUUUGACCAAAGAAAGGAGAAUGAUUCAUUGUUCUUGGGCAAUCACCUUGAGCUUCUUCUAUAUUGUGGUACUUGAAGGACAGUUGCAGCCUCCUACAGUUAUAGAAUCCAGAACCGCACUUGACAGCUUUCAACAUGAACAACUUAGAAAUGUGCAAUAUGGCAUGGAAGAGGGAAGUGGAUUGGUACCAGAUUUCAGACCACCUGUGGCAGAAUCGCACAGCCACUAUAAGAGCUUCCUUAAAAGGAAAAAAAGAGCGAUUUUAUUUCCCAGUGGAGUGAAAGUGUGCCCAGAAGAAACCUUUGAACAAGCUCUUUUGAAUCAUAUGAAGUUUUUUAAACUCCGGGUUUGCCAAGAAACAGUUUGGGAGGUUUUCAAGAUAUUUUGGGAUCGACUUCCGGACCAAGCAGAGUAUCAGCACUGGAUGCAUUUGUGUGAAGAGGGCACAAUGCCAAUAUUUGAGAUCGCUGAGAAUUUCAGUCAAUCAGAUGAUCAUCACAAGUUAGUCAUGGAGAAACUCACUAUGAAUAAACAUGCAGCAACCAGUUCUUGCAAUGAUUGGACAUGUGGUUCAGAUGUAACAUCAGCUCCUGAUUCUCUGGAUACUACAGUAGCUCGAGAUGCAGCAGCCAAUGUACCAUCACCUCAUGAAAUGUUUGUUGAGAACUAUUCAUCGACUACCAUUCUGACUGAAAAACAAAAUGAAGAAGAUAUGGACAAUGAAAUACUCAAGGUGACAGAGACCCCAAGAAAACCAGUAGACAAAAUGGUUGAAUUCAGUAUCCUUAUUUUAAAUGAACCAUACAACAAGGAGCUAGCUGACAAGACUAGUGAUUCGUAUAGAAAGUUUACUGGAAAAUUUAUUGCGGAGAUAGAACCUAUAUUUCAAGCUUUGCCUGGAUAUAAAAGAACCAUAGUACAAAACAUCAGUCCCUCCAUACAGGAUGACAGAAUUGUUUUACAAGUACAAUAUGCAGUUAUUUUUGAAGGAGAUGCAGAUGCCAUUAAUAGUGCAACCUUGGACCUAAUGAACCUUCAUUCCAAUAAGAUUGAAGACACCUCAUUGAAUGAUAUUGAAGAUAAUCCUACAGCUGUUUAUACAGUCAGCAGCUUCAGAAAUUACAUAGUAGAUGCUAUAAACAAGCAGUUAUUACCGGGAGAAGGCACAUUGGCUAUAGAUGCAGACUCUCUGCAGCUUGUUAGUGUGAAGACUGUUCCAUCAUAUCUUUACGAUGAAUGGACUUUUGUUACUGACAAACCAGCAUUUCCUGUUCCCUCCACAGCUGAUGUUAAUAAUGCAUUACAAGCUGAAUGGCUUCCAACUAGCUAUUCAACUAUCAAGAACCCCUAUCUACAUGAAGAAAUAAGUGAAGAACUUACAUCAAGAAGUCAAGUUGCCCUGGAAGCAGAAAGCCCUGUUACAGAAGACAUUGGUUUUAAAGUUUAUGCCACAUCAACCUUGGAAUACAGCUUUACUUCUCCAGCAGCCGACUUAACCUUCCAGCCAAAUCCAACAUUGAGUUCACUCGAACCUAGCAAAGUCACAGUUACCAACUCUGUAGAAAUUCAAGAAGAAUCAGGGGACAAUGACCUUACAUUGUUUCAAGAGUCAACUCUAAGCACAUCUCCCGAGCAUGAUUCUAAAGAUACAGAAAUUCCUAUUGAAAUCCAGGUAAUAACCACCAACCUGCCUACAAUCCCGAUUACUUCAUCAGCUGGCAUACACAGUUCAGACAUUGUGACUUCUGCAAUAGCUGCCGAAGAACCUGCACUUAGUGAAUCUUCUUUGGAGAGUUUACUUAAUAAGACAGAACAAACAAAUGCGGUUUUGGAUAUAGUAACCACACAAGUUAUUUCUGAAAGCAUGCAAGAAACAGCCGAAAUACUUGUAGAAGACAACUUACUGCCAACAGCAGAAAGUAUUAAACCUAUGGAUGAGGGUUCUGGCUCAGGAUUUGGACAUAGGGCUGAAGAAGAAUUUGAUACAUGGUCUUGGAUUAAAACAACGGUGGAUCCACUUUCUUCUGUUAAAGGACAACCAAUAGAUGUAGAUUUAAUGGACACGACAAGAAACUAUGAAGACCUAAUUGAAGAACAUUUUGCUGAUACAUCUCUUGAGAAUAUCAGAUUGGAUAGUACUCAGGUCAGUCCUGUUUCAGACUUGAACUCCGAUGCUUCACAUCCUCAAAGCUCUGUCACCACAGUUGGUCUAGUAAUACAGCCUGUUAUGCAAGAGUCCUCAACAAAUCCCCCUCUUGUGUUAUGGACAUCUGAAUACUGGAAUGAGUUGUCAGUGCAAACACUAGUAUCGUCUGAAAUACAUGAAGAUGUUCUCACUAGUGAACCAGAUGUUUUACAUGAAAGUACAAGGGGUUAUUCUCCAUCUUUAACAAAAGAUACAUUGUGGUCUACACAAACACCAGAACCUCUUGUACAGACAAGCCAAGUUUUGGAAAAUGAUUUAGAUAAAACAGAGAUUUCAAUACCUAAUGAAAUAGAGGCACAUGUAGUCUAUGGAAUAACCACUCAAACAGUUCCAACAACUAGUGAACAUGAUAAGAAAGCCAUCUCUGACACAAAUGCCAUUUGGAUAUCAUCAGCUAAUGAUGUUAUCAAAGAAGAAAGUGUAUACUUUACAUCAAUGCCAUCAUCUAAACCACAAGAGGAAAUGUUAAAUACCAUACCCCACGUAGAAGCCACCAGCACUGACGUUGACAUUAAUUUUACAGAAGGAAACAACAUGCCCAAUAUAAUCCCUAUAAUCCAGAAAGGGGCGGCCAUUACAGAUUCUGUACAGUAUGAACCACCUCCCAACACUACCUCUGUAGGGCCAACAAGUUUUUUGACCAACGAUAUAGAAAUAGUAGUUGAUGUUCAGGACAGUUCUGUAGAGUUUGAUUACAUGAGCACAGUAUAUGCGCACCCUGACAUUAGUCCAGAAGAAAGAAGCAUGAGAGCAAAGAAUAUUGAUUCUACAGAAUUGGCUGGUAUUGUGAUUUCUACCCAUGAAAACAGUGUCAAUGCUUCAGCACGUGCAAAAGCCCUUGUGGUGUUCUUCAGUCUCCGUGUUACCAAUAUGAUUUUCUCAGAGGAUUUAUUUAAUAAACGUUCCCCAGAAUAUAAGGCAUUGGAACAAAGAUUUCUUGAACUGUUGGUUCCCUAUCUGCAGUCCAAUCUGACUGGAUUUCAAAACCUCGAAAUAUUGAAUUUUCGGAAUGGUAGUAUCAUUGUAAAUAGCAGAAUGAAGUUUGCAAAGCCUGUUCCUCGAAAUGUAACAAAUGCGGUGUACAUCAUUCUCGAAGACUUCUGUAACACGGCUUAUCAAACUAUGAAUUUGGCAAUUGAUAAGUAUUCUUUGGAUGUUGAAUCAGGGGAUGUAGCUGACACUUGCAAAUUUCAAGCUUGCAAUGAGUAUUCUGAAUGUCUUAUAAACAAGUGGAGUGGUGAAGGAGAAUGCGUCUGUUACCCCGGAUAUGUCAGCAUUGAUGGUUUACCUUGUCAAAGUAUCUGUGAUCUGGAAAUAGAUUUCUGUAUGAAUGAUGGUAAAUGUGACAUUAUUCCUGGACAAGGAGCAAUUUGCAGAUGUCGAGUUGGUGAAAACUGGUGGUAUCGUGGAGAACACUGUGAAGAAUAUGUCUCAGAACCCUUAGUUGUUGGUAUUGCCAUUGCAUCUGUGGCUGGAUUUCUUCUUGUGGCAUCAGCCAUAAUUUUUUUCCUAGCAAGGACGCUUAGAGUGCAGAAUACAAAGGGCGAUUCAGAAGAAUCAGGAGGGAGACCAAGUGACAGCCUGUCCUCUAUUGAAAAUCCUGUUAAAUAUAACCCAAUGUAUGAAAGUGACAUCACAGGCUACAGUCAUUAUUACAAGAGAUAUCCACAGCUUCCAUCAACCAGCACUUCUACGAGUCCUGAGACAUCAGCGGAAUUUAGUAGUGAAGAGAUCCGUCACAUCUAUGAGAACAGUGAGCUCACUAAAGAGGAAAUUCAGGAUCGAAUACGAAUAAUAGAACUUUAUGCAAAAGACCGACAGUUUGCUGAAUUUGUGAGGCAACACCAAAUGUCUGUUGAAAAUGUAAAAAAACCAAGCCCGACAAGUUAAUUCUCAUCUGUUAUUUACUUUAUUAAGGAGAAAAAGGAAUACGAGAAAGUGUUUGAGAAGAAAUAUCUCUUUUUGCCGUUACAGCAGAAAUGAGUUACCUCACGGAGAAGCAGUUUAUGCCACAGUUGUAAAUACUUAGUGGUGGAUUGUGGAAUAAUGAAUGAGUAUUGUGUUUACCACUAGGAGAACAAAUGUUUCUAAUGACUUUUUUUUAACAAUAUGUUGACUUUUUGUCACUGUGAGUGUUUUUUUUAGCUUUUCCAUACCAAUAUGACUAUGUUGUUAUGAAGGUCAUACACACAUGUAAAGCGGGCUGUAUUGUAUUAUAAUUCGAUCUCAGCCCAUAGAGACAGGCUAGGUGUUGUACUUAAUGUUUAUCACUUAUAUUUGUGUCAUUUGCCUUCUAAUAUAUCAGCUGAGCCCUCAGCCACUCGAUGGGUAACUCCAUGGAAUACUAGAUUUCCCAUCAGGAAGAAAGGUUAUUUCAGAAAUCUAUGAGAAGAUAGAGACUACAGCUGGACCUACCCUUUUAUUGUUAAGUUCUCAAUAUCAUGCAGCAGAGAGAGAAACAUAAACUUAGACAUUGGCUGGGCACUACACCAUAUCACUGAGGAAAUGUCCACAUUUUUUGCUUUUCAGGCCAUGACCGUGUAGAAGGACUUUUUAGGCAAGGAUUAAAUGGUCCGUGUUACUAUGCUCAAUAUCUGCAGUGUUAGACAGUUUUUUUUUCUGUUUUGGCUAUAUGGCUCCUGCACAAAAUAUACUGAAAUAUUGGAUAAGUCAUCUCUAGCUCUCAUGUCAUUUAUAUCUUCAUGCCUGUAUGUCUGUCCAUCACCUUUUUUACAAUAUCCUUGGAGAGCUGUAUUUACAAUUUUGGUUUGGAUUUAUCCAGGAACCCUGGACCUGGCCCUGCUAACUACUGUGUGCACUUGGCUUCAUUUUCCUGACUGUGCUGUUAAAUUGUGUAUCUAUCUAUCCUUUCUUCUGUUUAUGUAUGGACCCUUGACCCAGGUCUUAUUUCAGCGUGCACCGACACAUGGAUUAAAGGGGUAUUCCAGGAUUUUUUUUUAUUUGACUAUUCUACAGGGGCUGUAAAGUUAGUGAAGUUCAUAAUAUAGUGUCUGUACCUGUGUGUGACGGUUUUCUCACAAUUCUUCUGUGAUUUUCACCUCAAUAUUUAUUUUUAACAGCAUACAAAAUGACUGUUGGGAGCCUGUCUGCUUCAAUGGGUGGAGGGAUCAAUCUGCAACUAAUGCAACAGCUGUAGGCACCCUGAUUGAAAACCGCACUGAUUUGAAUGGAUGCAUUUCAUUGAUGUUUCAAUGGGUGCCGUGGCUGAUGUGUGGGAGGGAGGAAGAUUGAAUUGUGGGAUUUGUAGUCAAAAAAAGAAAAGUCAAACAGGAAAUACAAGUUCACAAAAAGCUAGCCACAGUGUUAUGGUAAUCUCACAACAUAGCCAUUUAGCCCCAAGACAAGCGCAGAUCCUUCCUAAGCAUGUCCAUUACUGUCUGCCAGGUAUGUACUAAAAUCACCUUAUGGUGGAGAACCCCUUUAAGUGUUGUAUAAAGGUGGUGCU